AUGUCGUUAUCUCUCUCCUUGCUCCGCGCCAACCUGGGGGCGUGGGUUGUGUCUCUGCUGAUUCUCGCCUCCUGGUUCGGCGUCUCGGGGUCGACCCAGAAGAUUGGCCGGGGCUAUCGCCUCGUCGCCAUCGGGAGGAGCCCCGGCGGCGAGGGCCUUGCCGGGGUUCUGCAGGUGAAGCAGAGCACCGGGAAGUACGGCCCCGACAUCCGCCAGUUGAAGUUCUUCGUCAGGUUUUCACCGUCCCUGAAAACCUCUCCACAGCGUCUGUAUCCUUCGUUUGAUACUCCAUUCACGACCAUUCUUCCUACCUGCGCGGGAUUCCUCUGUUAAUGGCUUCUCUAUGGGUCUCACCGGGGGGUUACAUUUCCUUCUGUGUUCAUCCUCCCUUCUUCCUGCUUCACAGAUUCUGUUCUUCUGAUUUCUUGUUCGACUGAUCCUCAAAUCUCAGGCAUGAGACUGAAGACCGGCUGAGAGUCUAUAUAACAGAUGAUGACCAGGAGAGGUGGGAGGUCCCCUACGAUCUUCUUCCCCGAGAGCGAGUCCCGCAGACGAAGCCCGCAUCCUCCUCUGGCUCCCUCAACCUGCCCGCCGGCGAGUUCUCCGGAGAGAAGCUGGUCUUCACCUAUAAGGCCGACCCCUUUGGCUUCACGGUGAAGAGGAAGUCCGAUGGGCAAAUCCUCUUCGACACCAAUGCCGGCGCCGGCGACCCGUACAACAGCCUGGUCUUCAAGGACCAGUACCUGGAGAUAUCCACCCGGCUGCCUGGCGGCGCCGCCAUCUACGGCCUCGGCGAGAACACGCAACCUGGAGGGAUCCGGCUGCGCCCCAACGACCCAUACACCCUGUACACCACAGACAUCUCCGCCAUUAACCUCAACAUGGACCUCUACGGGUCGCACCCCUUCUACAUGGACCUCAGGAACGUGAACGGCGAGCCCUCCGCCCAUGGCGUCCUGCUGCUCAACAGCAAUGGCAUGGACGUUGUCUACAGAGGCACCUCCCUCACCUACAAGGCCAUCGGCGGCGUGCUGGACUUCUACUUCUUCUCCGGGCCGACUCCCCUCGGAGUGGUGGACCAAUACACCUCUCUCAUCGGCCGCCCCGCUCCCAUGCCCUACUGGGCCUUCGGUCUGACUCUCUCCCCCUCAUGGAUGGAUCUUCUUCUUUCCGGCAACGGGUUUGAAAACAUCUCUGGUUCUUCUGGUUGGUCUUGGGUUUCACAGGAUUCCACCAAUGCCGGUGGGGCUAUCAGAACAUCUCGGUGGUGGAGAGCGUCGUCGAAGCGUACCAGAAGGCCAGGAUCCCCCUGGACGUCAUCUGGAACGACGACGACCACAUGGACGCCGCCAAGGACUUCACACUCGACCCCGUGAACUACCCGCGGGCGAAGCUGCUGGCCUUCCUCGAGAAGAUCCACGCUCAGGGGAUGAAGUACAUCGUCCUCAUCGACCCGGGGAUCGCCGUGAACGAGAGCUACGGGGUCUUUGUCCGGGGAAUGGCGGCGGACGUCUUCAUCAAGUACGGCGGCAAGCCAUACCUCGCCCAGGUGUGGCCAGGGCCGGUGUACUUCCCCGACUUCCUCAGCCCCAGUGGGGUCUCAUGGUGGGUCGACGAGAUCGACCGUUUCCACGAGCUCGUCCCCGUUGACGGCCUCUGGAUCGACAUGAACGAGGUCUCCAACUUCUGCACCGGCCAAUGCGAGAUGCCGACGGCGGCGCACCCCUGCCCGGUGCCCAACUCCGAUACCCCCUGGAUCUGCUGCCUGGUCUGCAAGAACAUCACCGAGACCAGAUGGGACGAGCCCCCGUACAAGAUCAACGCGUCGGGGAGCCAGGUCCCGCUGGGGUUCAAGACGAUCGCCACCAGUGCCACCCACUACGGCGGCGUCCUCGAAUACAACGCCCACAGCCUCUACGGUUUCUCCCAGGCGGUGGCCACCCGCAGGGCCCUCCAAGGCCUCCAGGGGAAGCGGCCAUUCAUCCUCACGAGGUCUACAUUCGUGGGUUCCGGCGCGCUCGCCGCCCACUGGACCGGCGACAACAAGGGCACCUGGGAGGACCUCCGGUAUUCCAUCUCCACCAUGCUCAACUUCGGCAUCUUCGGCAUGCCGAUGGUCGGCUCCGACAUCUGCGGGUUCUACCCGGCGCCGACGGAGGAGCUCUGCAACCGGUGGAUCGAGCUCGGUGCCUUCUAUCCCUUCUCGCGCGACCACUCCAACCUCCACUCGCCGCGGCAGGAGCUCUACCUGUGGGACUCGGUGGCGGCCUCUGCACGGAACGCCCUCGGCCUCCGCUACCGCCUGCUUCCGUACCUCUACACCUUGAGCUACGAGGCGCACACCACCGGAGCGCCGAUCGCCCGCCCGCUGUUCUUCUCCUUCCCCAACUUCACGGAGGCAUACGGGCUGAGCACGCAGUUCCUGCUGGGCCGCGGCGUGAUGGUGUCGCCGGUGCUGGAGCAGGGGGCGACGGCCGUCAAGGCGCUGUUCCCCCCGGGGACCUGGUACAACCUAUUCGACCUGAGGAAGACCGUCUCGGCGGAGGACGGCCAGUACGUCACGCUGGAUGCUCCUCUGAACGAGAUCAAUGUCCAUGUCCACCAGAACACCAUUCUCCCCAUGCAGCAGGGGGGGAUGAGGUCCAAGGAGGCGAGGGCCACGCCCUUCACCCUGGUGGUCGCCUUCCCGCUGGGAGCCGCGGUCGGCGAGGCGAGCGGCGGCGUGUUCGUGGACGACGACGAGCGACCGGAGAUGAAGCUCGAGGACGGGCAGUCGACGUACGCCACCUUCUACGCCACCCUUCAAAACGGCACCGUGAGAGUCUGGUCCGAUGUGGCCCAUGGGAGCUUCGCCCUGCAGCAGGAGCUGAUCAUCGAGAAGGUGACCCUGGUCGGAGUGUCGGGAGCCGGACGGGGCCUCUCCAUUGAGGUCGACGGGGAGGCUCUCUCUGACCUCGCCGGCGCUCGCUUCCUGGAGUUGAACCCCAGAUCCUUGAUGGUGGAGAUCGGAGGCCUCGCGUUGCCUCUCGGGAAGAACUUCUCCCUGACCUGGCGGAUGGAGAUAGGGAGCUGA